AUGCCGCGUACAACCAGGAAAUCAUUAAAAACUCUUCAACAUACAGCCACGGAUAGAGAAAAUUUAGUGGGUAGACCUUCAAAAAGUUUGAAACACCAACUUAGUCAAGAAUCCGUUGUAGAUGUUGAAGUAAAAAGGAAGAAUUUAUGCACCAAAGAAGUUCAAGUAAAUCUGGAAGACAAGAUAAGUGCAAAGGACUUGACAGAUCCUGACGGUGCUUCUGAAAAGUAUUGGGAAAUUCUAUCUGAGAAACGCCAAGUAGCCCUUCAAGAUGCUUUGGAAGAAAACGAAAAACUUAGAAAGAUUAUUGAGGACUUAAAACAGGAGAACAUGCAAUUUAAACAAAUGUUAGAAGAAGCCAACAGUUUUGUGGAAGUUAUUAAGGAGGAACUGGCAAAUAGCAGUAACAAUGACACAGGGAUUGAUGUCAAUGACGUCAGUACCGCUGAUGAAACUCAAGAAGAGGACAAGUCAGAAUCCAAAGAUUAG